AUGGACAAUUAUCUCUUUUCCUUAAGAAGCUUUAUUACUACAUGGCUGAGCUCCACUCCCACUUCAUGGCUGAUUGAUAUCAUCUUCGCCCUCUUAUGUGGAGUGGGGCUCUUUUUUCUGUUACUUCCAUACCUCCCAAGUUAUCCAACUCUACCGCUGCCUAAGGGACAUAGAUACAUCAAGAAGCUUCUGCCUCCUAUCUCCUGCAGCCUCCUGGGUCAGCUCCCUGCAAAGGGCAACUUUCAUCAGCUCUUAUGUCAAGAGCCCUCUGCUGAGAUGUGCAAAACGGCACCUGCUGAAGCCCAUCUGCCACGUGAGGAACCCAUAGACAACGCUGCCCCCGCUGUGUCCCCUUGGGCUUCCACAGUUCCUCUGACCAAGCCCCCUCUACCUCUGGCCUCCAAGCUUUCACCAUACCUGACCACCCCCUCAGUUCCUGGUCUUUUGCACUCACCUCUGAGUGCCUCUCAGCCAUCAGAACCUUUUCUACCUCUAGACCAUCGCUCACGCCAACCACUCACACCUUUCUCACCCCCACCACCUGCCUCUGGUUCUUUGGCCUGCCCUCAGCCUCCAACAGCCUUCUCUGCUCCACCACUGAUAGGCUCCCCUUUGACUCUUUCUCAGCAUGACUUGAUGUCACUCCCACUGAGUGCAUCUUUAUAUAACAAGUCUUGGUUGUCUGCUUCUACGCCAACAAUCUCAAGCUUUGACCGGUCAAGCCGUCCCAUUCUGGUACCUUGUUCUCCUCAGAUUGUUUCCUGUAGAGAAUUGUGGCCCACCUCCCAGAAUGAGUCACAAUCCCUCAUGCCAAUUGCAAUUCAACACCUGGAAUGUCACUUUUUGAAGAAGCAAAAAGAGAGUUGGAGGGCUUUACCCUUCGUGGUCACACGAUCUCAGGAAGCCUUUAGUUCUCUAAGUUCUAACCUUCCCCAGGAGAGCCAAGCCUCCCAGGCCCACAAGUCAGUCUCCAGCCUUCCUGGGGAUUUUCCUGUCAGCCCCGUGCUUUGCAGGCACCUGGAGCAACACCUUCCAAAGAGGUUUGUCCAACAGCAGGGCAGCCUGCCCCGUAGGAUCCAUGUAGGUCUGGAACAGGUGCAGCCUCAGAGAAAAUCGCCAGGGAUCUGUCAAGAACCCUCUCGGCCCUCUGUAUGUACACAGCAAAGUAGCAGGGACAUAAAGAAGCUGAAAGCCAGGCACCCAGGAGACUUCCAUUUGUGCAAUUCAGCAAACUUCCAGCUAGGGAGGGACCCAAAGGCAGAUCUGGGGUAUAGUUUAGGGAGGGUCUCACGAUAUACUGUAUCUCAGGAAUCAGAGAGCUUUGAGAAGGACUCUACCGAGGAGUCGAAAAAUGAAUUGAAGAGGCCAUCAGGAAAUGUCUUAGCAAGGAUCUCAGAGAAGAAACAAGUAGAAAGUGACCUAGAAGUCCAUAUGGACAAGAAGUGGUGGCAGAUCAAUAAGGGUACAACCCCUGUGAAAGUGCAGCAUUCUUGGGUUUCUGUCAGCCAUGCCUUGUCCAAGUCUGACACUCAGAUGGAAACCAGAAAGCUGGUAUGCUUGGAUGGUCAGAAAUAUUGCGUGAACACCUCCCAAGAGCUUCUCUUCCUCAAUCUGGUCACACAAAAGGUGCUGGAAGCACAUAGGAAAAAGCUUUGGGUGAAGCACAGGUGGAGUCUACUCCUUAAAGUUCGCAAGACCACAAAACUGUUUGAGUCGAGAAAGGCCCAAGCCUCACCUCCUCAACAGUGUGCCUUUCCCACAGCAGUCACCCAUGAAAUAGCCGAGGUUGGCAAGCCUCUGGGAGAAAAGCCCCAGGUGAGUCAGGAAGAGAAGGUGGUACCAACAAAUUUAGCCUCCACCUUGAAGAGUCGUCUCCCUGCUCCAUCCCCUGCAUUUGAGGAAAUCCAGAGCAUCCCAAGUCAGGCCCCUCCUGGUGAUGACCACAAGCUCUCAGAGGCCCCUCUGACCAGAGAGGAGGGCAGGCAGUCUCCUCAGCCCCUCACCCCCAGCAUCGUGAGCAGACCCAUACAGAGUGAGACUGUCCUGGAGACCCAGAGAGGCAGCCUGGAGCCCACCUCAAGUCAAGUCAUGGGAGAGAAUGGGCCAAGGGAGGAGAGUGGGAGUAAUAAUACCCCAGGAGCCCCCAGCCCUGGUGAAUCAGUAUUGGAGAUGGAUGUAGAAUCCCAAUCUCCAAAGGUCAUAGAGAGCAGCGAGGGGUCCCCUGCUCUUCAACCCCAGCAUAGCGACAUCUUGAGAGCCAGCAUCUUGGCUUCUCAAGUGCCCCAGCGCCGUCCCCGGAGCACAACCAGUGGGAACAGGCCAGUUCUCCAAGAUGGCUGCAUGGCAGUUGGAAAGAGCAGCCUGGUGCAGCAGGAGUCCAAAAUAUUGAAGCCCCAGGCCCCACUGAAAAGCCAGAACAAGACUUUUACCCCUGCUACCAGGAGAGAGGACUGUAGGAGGCCCAAACGAGAACAUCAUGAAGGGUUUGCAAGAUUGGGGAGUUCCCCAACCAGAAAGAUGGGCCCACUUGGCCAGGGGAGGGGAAUAGCAAACACCCCAAGCAAGAACCUCCAGUUCCUGCCAGAGAAGGGAGAGUCUCCACCCGAGAGGCCCCAGGGAAAAAAGACGAGUCGCUUUCUUCAGUGGGUUUUCUCCAGUAAAGACAAAGGGCAGAAAGAAACUCUGGAAAAGGUCAAGCCCACAGCAGCCUCUGCCCUUGGCCGGGAACCAGUCAAAGUCAAACCAAUUUAUAUGAACAAAGAGGCUGCUGAUGCUGAAGCUCGGGAGCUCAUGUCAGCUGUUGGCCAGAUGCCAGAGGAGAAAAUAGCACUUCAGGCCUCAGAGUUAAGUAAGCAGAAGCAGAAGGUCCAGGUUCCGGUUGGGAGGGGCCCCUCCUGUCACGGAGCUUCCUCCCACGUAGAACAAAGAAGAGUGAUGAGUGAUACAACCUGCCAUCGCCAUGACACCCCUGAGAGUUGCCCUAUCAUAGAAAAUUGGAUCAGAGACAAGGACGGAAAUAUCUGGAAAAUUGUGGGUAUCAAGAUGAGCAAUUGUGCAUUCCACCCCAUGGAGCCCACGUCCCCAGUCAACUCCUACCACCAUUUGCCAUGGAUGACAGGGAACUCGGGCCGCCCUCCCCACUGCCCACGGCACUGUCAGUGGAGAAAUGGCUUCUCUGGUCAACCAGAAAAUGCUUCUCCAGGCCGUCUUAGUGGGAAAACUUCUGUCCAAGGAAGCAUGCAGUCCAAGUAG